CGCGGAGGCAAGCAGACGUAGAUCACUAGCCCGGCUGAGGAGCAAUGGCAUCUGAAACCUCAGAGAUGGAGCUUCCGUUCAACGACGAUGCUCAGCUCACCAAGUGCAUGCGUAUCCGAGUCCAGAGCCUCCAGCAGAAGAACGCCAAACCCCAAGAGGGCGAGAUGCUCCUCCGAGCCAACCAGUUCGUCUAUCGGCUGGAUUUCUCCAAGCAGAAGCUCAAAUUCCUGUGGUGGAAGGUCCAUUUGAAAACACCGGGGAAAGUCACGAUCACCGGCACCUCCCAGCACUGGACCCCGGAUCUCACCAACCUCAUGACCCGGCAGCUUCUGGAACCUUCCGCCGUCUUCUCCAAGAAAGACGCAAAGGACCCGGUGGAGUGCAACGAGGCCGAUGCCCAGGAGUUUGGGGAAAGGAUAGCGGAGUUGGCCAAAAUACGCAAAGUCAUGUACUUUGUCUUCACUUUCUCAGACGGCACCGACCCGUCCGCCAUCAAAUGUUCCAUUGGCCUCAGGGGCUGAGGUGAAUUUAAUGUGGGACAAAAACAUUGUGACUUGUGACUCCAACCACUUAUGUCCCAAUUAACUCUUCAUUAGAUGCCCAAUAAAGGAUGAAUAAUUCAAAUCCGGCCAAUGGACUUGGUCAUGCAGUGUAUGAAUAACGAUGAUCCACUUCCCACCGUAACGGUGCGGUUUCCAUCCUAAUUAUUAAUGAUGUUCUAGAUGUUCUAGGUUAUCUUAUUGCUUCAUUAUUGUAGAGGGUCAGGUGGGACCAAAUCAAAAGUAUAAACGUUCAGAUUAGUAGACAUGAACGGGACAGGUGAUAUUGUCUAUUUCCAGGUCAGUAGGUGAGACUGGGAGAACCUACCUCCCCUGUAGCCACCUAACCCCGAGCCUAACAGAAACUCCUCUGUUUAUGUAACUAAGGCAUUUACUCAAUGUUCAGAACUUUCCCUGGGUUGGGGAUCUGUUGUUGAGUUGUUGGCCAACCAGAAGGCUUGUUGCAUCUGUACCACCUCCCACUGAUCAGUGAAGAUAGAAUGAAUACUAUAGUAGGUCUAAUUGGUGGCCCCACCAUAUUGUAUCCUUUGUACCACAGCAGGAAUUGAAUUGGGUUCCGGUUCUGCCGACUAUUGGGCUUUAAUUGACUCACGUUAAUGGUUUUAUUAUAUUCACAGUGACACAUUCUAUUUAUCUGCUGCAAAAUAAAGUUUAUUUAAAGUUUAAGAACAA